CCUAUAACGAAUUGUGACUUCUAGUUCCAGGCCCUAUUGCUUCCUCCUUUCCCGCUUUGAGGAACAUGUCGUCCAAGCCCGAAGAUAGACCAGACUCAGGGUAUGUGGAUUUAUUUCAUGAAAGGAGAAAAAAAAUACCGAUUUCUCUGCCCACACAGAAAAUAGUAUUAUCUGUGCUGUAUUUAGUGGUAUUUUGGGGUAUAUUAUACAGUUUAAUAUGCCUUAAUAAACCCGAUCAUUUUGGCAACCUGAAGACACACUGAAAGACACGUGUUGUUCUGUGGAUUGUUCUGCUUCGAGUUUGACCGUGUUAUGACUAAUAUCCCAGCUAUAUUUUACUGUAUUGUAGUAUUCCAGGCGAUGAUCCGCCUAGAGAUCAUAACAACUCAAAAGAUGCCCUACCAGGACAAGAUGGACAAGUCAUUGAAGUAAAGCUAUCGUUUCUAAUCCUUGAACUUGCCGGUACGAUUGUCAUAUUUCAUUGAAUUGAACAAAUUAAAAUGUACAUGGGUUUUUUUAUCACUUCUAGUCUAACUGGAACGAAGUAUGUGAAAGUUUUGAUGAUAUGAGUUUGAGAGAAGAUUUACUUAGAGGCAUUUAUUCGUACGGGUACGUAUCCCUUUGUUAAAAUAUAAAUUAUAAUCAUUCUUUGGCCAUAUUUAUUCAUGGAUAUGUUUGCGGAUCAAUAAAUUUUGUAUCUCUCCUUUGUUAAUAGUUUUGAAAAACCAUCAGCAAUUCAGCAAAGAGCUAUUAUCCCAUGUUGUCAAGGUAUGAUUGUAUGAAAAUUUGUAAAGUUUUGAUAGACAUGAUGGUUGUUUUAAAUUAAAACUUGUUCUUUUCUGGAAUUAUUUUAUAAAUGAAUUGUUUUAUAAAUAAAUUGUCUUUCGUUUUCUUGAUUAUUGCGCAAUAAUUCUAUGCAGUUCUGAAUUAUUUUGAAUACUCAAUAGUGCAUUCGAUUGUUUUAAAAUAGUUUUUGAACUGGGUUGAGUUAUUUAUUUACCAAAGAAUAGGCCAUUUCUAAACUAUAAUCUUAUCAAGAACAAUAUUGCCAAAUUGUGGCUCCAUGCUAACUUUGCUUAGGGGCCGUCAAGAAAUAGAUUUCGUCCACCGGUUGUGGAGUUGUUCCUUUUGAAGCAAUUGCGGAACAAGUCUGUGAUUGAUGGACAAAUCUAUUUGACGACGGCCCCCUAGUACAACGACCAUAAUUCUGAAAUGGGAAAUUUUACACUUUACCAUACCUAAAUCUGUACUUGAGUAAUGGGUGUUUCGAAAACGAAGAUCUAAGAUAGGUCUUCAGCCUUCGUAAUUACUCGUCUUCGUUUUCAUACUACGAAUACCAUAAAAUACUCAUUUAUAUGUUAUCUUCGUGAAAAUAAUCCGAUAAAUUGUGGCAAAAAUUAAGGAAAAUACGCUUCAGCAAUAAAAAUAGAAUCAUGAAACCUAAACCAGUAAACCACCCAUGUAUUUAGUGAAAGGCAAGCAUCAGACUAGCAAGAAAUAAAUAACUUUAAAAUGUAAAAUGUUAACAAUAGAAUUACAAUUGCAAAAUGUAUGCAUCAGCAGGGUCUUAGCUAGAGGGCCGUGUUGGCCGUGUUAUCGCGGCCAAAAGUGGAAAAACACGGCUAGAUAAAAUGAACGCGGCUUUGUUAUUUAUAUAAGGCCGUGUAGGUUCAUAAAAUAAGGUGUUGCUACAGUACUUACAACAGACAGAAUUUCUUCCAAUUUACGUCGUAAGAGAGUUUGUAAAAUCUACUGUUGUUGUUGAAAUUGGCAAAAGCGAUCCAGUUUUAAUAUCUUGAUGGAACUGUAUGGUGUUAAAAUGGUUUUAAAUACCCCCAAGAGUUGCUGAAAUAACUUAAUAUUUUAAUGUCAGUGCGCAAUAUGAGCGUUUGCUCGCCUUGUAUAUUUGGUUGCAAAGCAUACAUGCAGUAGAACAACCAUAGGCAUUGUCUGUUGUUGGCGAGCUUAACUAGAACCGUGAAUUUGGCUAUUCAAGGUAAUUGAAAUGUGCACACCCUGGUCAUUAGAAACACGCCCAAGACCUAAAAUCCUAGCUAAGACCCUGUGCAUCAGUAAUACCACGGUCUGUAAUACCACGAUAUUCCACAUUUUAAUCAGUAAUACCACAGUCAAUGGAACCACAGAGUCAGUGGCGUAACUCCUUUGGGCGCUGCCUGGCUCAAGCCAGGGGCCCAAGUCAAUUAGAGGGCCCCUGAACAAGGAUGGCAAAGUGGAUGUAUUUCAGCAAAUUUUGCAUCUUUUGGAUGUAGCCCCCCCCCCCUGUCGCCACUUUAAAUGGGCAGGACCAGAGGUAGGGAUAGCAGCCAAAAUUUCAAAUUUACAGGGGGGCUCCGCAAGUAGGCUAGUUUGAUAGAGCUCGUGAUUUAAAACAUAAUGGUGUUUAUUUCAUCAAAAUUGGUCAAGGCAAUCAAAAGUUAUGGUAAUUUGAAUAUUGGAAUUUUAGUCCAAUUUUUGGAAGAGCGGCACUGUAUAAAUGUAUUACAGCUGGGUGUGAAAUGUGGCACCAAAAUGCUUGGUUUUAAGUGGAUUUUUAAACAUAUAAGGUCAUAACUUCUAGACAUUUCAUCCAAUCACCACAAUAUUUUCAGAGGACAUUGGUGACAUCAGGGUGUUAGCCAGGAUUUGCAACUUGGGUGUCCAAAUUUGAAAUUUUGGUUAUGACAUCCAAUUGUUAUCAUAUGCAUGGAACCAUGGUACCAGUAAUUCAGCAAUGUGAUUAUUCCCGAUUGCUGGGAGUAAUCAGUGACCGCACUUGAGAAUCGCCCAAAAAACUAAUAAUAUAUUCAAUUAUUCAGACUAUGUCACUACUCACUACACUACUAUUGUAGUACAGUUUAAGUAAAUCUGCCAAUUAUAUUAAUUUUACGAGCGAUAUUAUGUUGUCACUUUCAUGCUAUAAAUACAGUACUUGUAUAUACUGUAGUACUUUGAUAAUCUAGUGUGAGCGAAGAACACAACCAAAAAGCAACUUAUUGUCUUAUACAGUAUAUUCAGCUGCGGUUUUUGGCAGCUAGGCCUAGGAAUCUUUCCGCUGCAACUUGCAAGUGAGCAAUGUUUAUAUUUCCAUGGUAUUUUAUUCUCAGCAGCUUGUCUAACCGAUCUAUUGUCAGAUGGUUUUGCAGUUGUGUUUUUAUGCAAUUCUUAAACUUUACUGCUGUGAAGUAUGGGAUGUGUUUGGUGAGACACAAUCAAAAAGACUCCAAAAACUCCAAAAUAGAGCUGCUCGAAUCAUUAUGAAUAUGAGCAAUGACACAGAUCAUUCUGUUGCUCUGCAAGCAUUGGGUUGGAAGACACUUAAAACAGAAAGAAAGAAAGGGAAAGCAAAAAUAAUGUACAAAUUAUUAAAUAAAAUGGGUCCCAAGUCACUCUCUAAUCUUUUCACAUAUAAAGGUGAGAAAACAAAGUAUCACCUCCGAGAUAUUUCAAGUGGUCUUUGUCUACCACAACCGCGUACUAAUAAUAUGAAAAAAAGUUUCAUGUAUGACGGAGCACACCUAUGGAAUUCAAUUCCAAAAGAAAUUAGAGAGAGCAAAUCCCUUUCUGCCUUUCGGAAAAAAAUCGUUACUCACAUUGACUGAUUGAUUAAUGGUUUGUAAAUAUAUCUAAAUUACUUUAACUUAUUUAAUACUAUAUAUCUUAUAUAAUUUUGUAAAUAGCUUUUUAGUGUAUCUGUAUAGUUUGCACACGCCCCCCGUGGAAAUCAGCUUCGGUUGACGGGGUCAGCGUGUUUAAAUAAAGUUUUUCUAUCUAUCUUCUCUUCUAUCUUCUAAACACCCUUUCUGCUACUGCAUUUCCAACCAUUACACACAAGCAAGUUGCCAUAUUUGAAAACUAGGCGAGACUAUUUCCUGAAAGGUCAAUAAAAUUUGCAUAGGUGUUACUAGCGGCGCAUGUUUACACUCGGAUUACAAAAUUACAUAUUUACUAGCUAUUUCUACUCAGGAAACGAAACGCAAAUACAUAAUUUAUAAACAUGUUUUAUUGGUACUAAAAUGUACUAAAGGUACUCUACAGCUUUUACCUAGCCGUCCAAAAGGUGUCACCAUGAUAGCGAACUGUCCAAAAGCCGUCUUUUUUAGAAGGCCGUCCAAAUUUGAAAAUGGCCGUCCAAAAGAUGGCUGGACGGUAGGCUGGCUAAGACCCUGGAUGAUAUACAAAGCAACAACAUAGUGUAACAGUUGGACACUUAUUGUUGCCAUGGAAACCGUAUGACGUCAUGAAAUGACAAAGAAAAAACACUGAAACUGAAAUUAGAUAAUUUAUUACUUAAAAACCAUUACAAAAGUGUUGUAUGACAUGUUGUAUGUCAAAUAAGUAAUACAGGUUUUUUUUCAGGGAUUUUUUAGGGCCGUUAAACAGCCCCAUCUUGAAUUGAGUUUUGAAACUCAAUCUUCUCACCAAAGUUUCAGUGCAGUAAAAAUGAAGUUGUUUGAGUUAAAUUCGUGACGUGUGGAAAUUAGUUUUCAGUUGGAAACCCGACAAUUAAGAAAAAAUGGCUGGAUUCAUCUUGCAACACAAGAAAAACUAUGCAUUCGCCAUCUUUAACCAGUUUAUAGUGUCCCUCAGUGCCCCUGCUUUAACACAUUCCGUCUCAACUACAUUUAUUGAGUACAAGUGUCAGUCCCCCCGGUAGGGGAUGCAGCCACCCCAGUUGUUCAGCUAAACUCAAUCUUCUCUGCAAAAACGGACCCAAGAGAAAAUCCUGAAAAAAACCCUGUAAUACUAGUUGAUAAAAUGUUACAAAACUGUGUUACCAUGGAAAUAUGAUGACGUCAUAAUGACGUCAUAGCUAUAAACAAUAUGCACUUAAAAUACAUAUUUUUCAUCACGUAAACAUUAAUUUUUAAAAACUAAAUGUGUGUCGGAUAGCAUUACAUGCUCAACAACACAACGGACAACAUCGUUCAGUUACCAUGGUAACCAUGUGACGUCAUUUUUAUAUACAUUUUAAUUGCAACAUUCUGCAUAUCUGUGCUGAAAAUUUUAUACUUAAAAUUAACUUAUUGAAAUAUGUUGAUAGUUUCAUUAUUGUACACCCUACCAAUCCUAAACGCCUGUCAGUCAUCACAUAGACUGUUUCCAUGACAAUGCUACAAAUCUGAUGAUGUUCCAAUUACAUAACUGAUGACAUCAUACUACUAUUGAUAACUUACUCAUGUUGAGGAGGAAAUCAAUUAUUUUUCAAGAAUCAUAUUAUUUACUGUAACACUAGUUUACCAAUCAAAGAUACAGUUUCGACAACAAAAACUCCUGAGCUAUAUAUCGAGCUGGACUGCUUGCUCAUUUAUUGGUAAUGGGAGUUGUUUCAGUUCAUUGUCCAAGCUAUUCCACAGUCUAACAGCUCUAAACUGAAAACUCCUCUGACCCGAUAAAGUUUUGCAUAAGGGAAUAUGCAGUAACUCCCUGUUUCUGGUGACCCAGUCAUGGAGUUCCACAUGUUUGUUAAAUAACUCGCAUACAUAGAUAUGGUGGAGCGAGUCCAUUCAUGCACUAUUUUCUACAUACUGUCUCAUUUAAGAAAGGCAUACAGUUUGAAUGCAUUGACACUUCUAAUCCAUGGUAUACUUUAAGUUGAUAAUGUACACUAUAAGAAUGAAAAAUAAUACAGGGUUCGUAGCGGUCUUUGAAAUCCUUGAAAGUCUUUAAAUUGGAAUGCAGGUCUUUGAGGUCUUUGAAAAGUCUUUAAAUUGUGUGAAAAAGCGAAGAAAGUCUUUAAACGUCUUUGAAUUCUUUAGUGAGUAUUUGACUAGAAAAUACAUGCAUGCAGCAACCCCUCGCCUUUCUUAACAGACGAAGUAUAAAAACUCCACAUAAAGUAUUAAGACCAUUAUAAACAAACAUAAAAACACAACUGAUGCGCUAGCUUUAUAAUGAACGAUAACAUUCACUGCAAUUUCAUGCAUUUCAGCUUGCAUUAAAGUGAAUUAUCGAGUUAAGAAUGGCUUAAAAAUUUCGCAGAUAUGAAUAAAACCGACAACACAAAGCAUGUACGGCAUGGAAUGUUACUACUGAAAUGUUUACACUUACCCAAACCGGCACAACAACGAUUAAAUUAUCAAAGACAUCAACAUCAAAACAAUUAUUAUACAAACAUUGUUUCACGGUUGAACAGCAACUAAUUCAUGAAACUGCAGGCUUAUUUCCAUUUAAGAUCGAGACAAAAAACCGUGUUGUACUUUUGUUAAAUUUUUAACGAUAUUUAAAACAAAAAAUUGCUGUAAAACAGCAAAAUACGUCCUUUCAAAAUGAAAAACAAUUGCUUCGACAGAGUUUGUACUCGCGCAUGCGCACAACCUCGAAAACCGUCCAUGACAUAAACAAAAUGGAGGACAACUUUAUAGCAAUAUUCGCAGAGUAUAUAGCACAUUCAAUGUUGGAUUGCAUCAAUACUACGCUAUGUUUUCACAUACCCGGGUAUAAUUAGCCGUGCGGAAUUAGUACCCUCGCACGGCGAUUCGCGCCGCCGGCUCGUGCAGGCGCCGGUUUAGUGCGGGCGGGAGAAGAAAGGGCGUCGUUAAAUAAACGCCUGCCCAAAUGCCUAUGAUUAAUUUGUUCUUCUCCGAAGAAUCUUCGGAAAAGCUUCCCAUUGGUUAAUUUCGUUAACGGAAGUAAUUACGUAAUUCAAAUGUCAACAAUAAUUUUGCUCUCGUUGAUAGUCGCGUAUCAAAAAUAUGCCGCCUGUUAAUGCUUUCGAGGAAACUUCCUUACAUUUCAAGUAUUUAGGCUUCGAAAUUCAGUUGAACCAGAACAGAAAGUAUAUUAUUAAUUUGCUACGUGGUGAAGACGCCGGUUAUCGCGAUUCUUCUUAAGGAAUACGGAAAAGUUUGAUCUUUCAAUUAUACAUUUUAAAUAUAUCCUGAAUAUUUCUUUAAUAUAGUUGUCUUGUUAUUUGUUCACUUUAAAGUAUAAUUCAAGACCAGAUAGUUGAGGCUAUAUCACUUGGCAUUGCAGCUAUGAGGGUGAAUGAUGAUUUUAAGAAUAACAUGCUCAACUGUUAUAUUUGCUAUACGGCAGAAUACGUUAAACAACCGUGGUUCAGGAGUCUUUUAAAAGAUAAAGGCUCUGUGCACGUUGUGACUGACUGUUGUCUAAAAUAGCUUCAAAAACUCAUUAAUAAUUCAUGAGGAAAACACAAAGAAAAAUCAUAAACGUGUCGUAUCCUUGAUAUGUGAUAGAGAUUUCCCUUGAUUUACAGAAAUUUUAAUGAUUUUCUCUACAUAUACACACCAAAUUUUUGAAAGCUACUUCGCCAAUGAACGUAUACUAGAUCGAUCGUUUUUGAAGCAAUUUAAAACAUUCGCAGUGCGUGUUUUAUCAGACCAUCUUUAUAUCUGAUAUAACACUGCUGCUCGUGUUUUAAAUAGUGCGUAAAAUCUCUGCAAAUCUCAGUAGUUGCCGAGCAAAAAGCAUGCAUGAUGCUAAAUAUAAAUCUCGACUAUGAUUGGAUAAUGGGUGAACGUGCUAAUUACAAAACGUCAAUCAUCCUUAAUGGGCGAAAACAAAUUUGUCAUAGCCAUUUGGGCAGGCGUUUCCUCUGUACCCGCCCGUCAGCUAAACGCCUGCUACGCAGGCUACCGGCUCGGGGAUUAUACGAUUUCCUAGCUAAUAAAAUAGAUUGAUUCAAGCAAGAUUCGCAAAUAUCGACGAAAAGGCGCAUUUUAGGAUGUGAUUUGACGGGACUAAUUACUGGGUAAAAAUGGUGCUUACACUCGCAAUUUUUCGACAGCUGAUUGCCCUCAAAAGUCUUUGAAAAGCGUUUGCAAAUAGGUAGAAACAAUCUUUGACAGUCUUUGAAUUUUUUUGGUCUUGGAGACUACGAACCCUGUAAUAGAUUAGUCAUCAGUUGAACUAAUCAAAAUUUCCCAUUUAUCCUGAACAGUUCAGUUUACUGUUGAGUUUUCAGCACAUCAAUUGGCAGAACACAUAGCCAAGUUACGAUGUCAACCCAUGAUUUUCCCAUCCCCUCCCUUGUUUCACUUAACUCGAUUACCAACUUGUUAGUUAAAAAUACAAUUGUGGUCUUACCAACAACCUGCUGUUGUUUUUAAUACACUCGGUAUAUCAUGCAAUACCUGGUCAGUAAUUCCAAUUCUCAGACGAUCAUCGCCAACAGAUGUCUGCUCUGAUGCUCUUUAUAAAGCUGUAAAAUAACUGUACAACUACCCUCUGGGUGUUUUGCAAGCAUGCGCAGGGAUGAUUAUAUUAGAGUCAAGCACAUGAAGGCUUCUUUUCACCCUUUCCUCCUGGUUGUCCUCCAAACUACAGGUUGUUUCAGUGAUUUUAUUAAAUAUACGAUAACAUACUUUAUGAUUACCUUUCCACCUUGUUUUUCAUCAUUUUUAAGCAGGGCAAUCACUUUUCUUUCAUCCCAAUUACUACAGGUUGUUUCAGUGAUUACUACAGGUUGUUUCAGUUGUUUCAUCCAAACUACAGGUUGUUUCAGUGAUUUUAUUAAAUAAACGAUAAUAUACUUUAUGAUUACAUUUCCACUUGUUUUUCAUCAUUUUUAAGCAGGGCAAUCAGUUUUCUUUCAUCCCAAUUUUGCAAGUUCCACGAGCACAUGUCCAGUGACACACGCCAUUGGCAAACUUGCAAAAUUACCAAAAUUCAAAUGAAUUUCCACAUGUGAGCUCGAUCGUUAAACAAAACAAAUUAUAUAUCAAAAGAAACCUUAAAACAUAUAGUUUAUGUACAUACCUGUCGUUGUAGACAGUUUUGCGUUAAAUUGAGUCGUAUCUUGCUUUUCAAAAUUGACUUUUCAAAUACAAAGUCUUCUGCUCAAAAAGUUGAAGAACGACAUAGUUCAGAAGAAUCUUCAUGAUUUAAACUUUAAGGUGGUGCUAUUUUAAACCUGCAUUCAGGUCGGGCUCACAUGUGGAAAAUCGCUUGAAGAGGGACGGGUAGGUGAGUAAAUGCGUGCCGCGUGAUUUUAAUGGUGGCAAAAUUGCAAAUGUGCCCGAACUUUGAUGCUUCGUAACAAAAUAACUACGGUACUUCAGGCUUCGAAAAUACACUCAUUUUGUAGACUGAGAUCUACUUUGUUUUUAAAGAUUAAUUUUAAAACGAUAUGUUUGCUUUCUUUUGCAUAAUAACACGCUGAAGGUAGCAUAUAUGAGAAAAUAUUAACCGGAAAUUGAAGCUGUUCCAAAGCGUAACCGACUUCCGGUUACGAUCCCUACCAGAGGCCUAUUCCAGUUUAAGCCGGGGAUCCUUUAGCCCAAAGUUACACCACUGCACAGAGUAAGUACACACAUAGUAUGUAUAGUUACCAUAUAUUAUUUAUAACCAGAAUAAUUUUGUAUAUUAUUUGUGACGUGUUGUGUGCUUUACUAACCGAUUUAACCUAGUGCUUUGUAUAAUGGUGAUAAAAUAUAUAUAUAUAUAUAUAUAUAUAUAUAUAUAUAUAUAUAUAUAUAUAUAUAUAUAUAUAUAUAUAUAUAUAUAUAUUUUAUCACCAUUAUACAAAGCACUAGGUUAAAUCGGUUAGUAAAGCACACAACACGUCACAAAUAAUAUACAAAAUUAUAUAUGUGUGUGUGUGUUUGGGAUUUGAGUUGGAAGAAUGUUACAAGUAAACCAGUAAGAUAUUGUUCAAAUUGAAGAUGCUCAAUGGAUUUUAGGGCUGUUAAACACACGGUGUUUUCUUAGUAAGACCGCACUAAUAUAAAAUGCUUGUGCACUUUAACAUAUUAGUUGCAUAGUUCCCUUUACUAUUUCAUUCUAACACCAGACAAUUUUACUCAGCAAGGGACAGGGUAUCUGCCCAUACAAAGUUACCAUUAAGUUGCAUUGCACCCUACAUUAUUAUUUUACUCUGUCUAACACUAGACGAUUUUAGUCAUCAGGGGGAGAGGGUUGGCACUCACUUACCAUGAGUUGCAUUGCACCCUACUUUAUUAUUUUAAUCUGUUUAAUAUCUGUUGUCACCAUACUUAACCGUGUGGAUGGUUAGGUGCAGACGUAAUCAGCUGAUGGUCUUUUGAGUUACUGUACUUGGAUUCAGGUCCGAAUCACGUGAACCUGUCCAUUCAGGACCUGACCACCGAACGUCCGCACCUUAUCACACCGAACUAAGUGUUCCGUGGAAAUUAAACCGAAUGGUAGUUAUCGUCAUGAAAAAAAUUUUGGCUUCUUCUCUAAGCAGAUUACUACUGCAGUUGGCUAUGAGUUAGCUAAUGACCUGUGAGUCUGCUAGGCACUCUCUAUGUCCGAUGCGUGGUUCCUAUGAUAUUAACCUUGGUUACUAUGUAACCUCGUUUAAUGCCAGAUGAUUUUACUCCCUGUGGGGAGAGGUUGCCAGCACUCAGUGGGUCAAUCGGACUAUCUGCCCAUGUGUCUAGUGUAGGGUUGGGCGAUAUAGGCUAUCAAUUUUAUUGUGAACUUUUCACUCAUGAUUAUCAUAUCGUAGGUGGAAACUUGAGUAAUGAUAUGUAUAUCGUAAUCAUUGUUAUGGUCGAUGACUGUUGUGAUAAUUGCGUCAUACCUGUGUACAUGCAUACUGUAGCUGUUGUAAAAGACGAAAACAGUUCUUUUAAUUUCUCAAAAUUAUAACAGAAGAAUUAAAACUAUUUUCUGAAAGUUUGCCGCUAUCCCAGUGGCAAAUGGUUUAUGAAAUGAUAGAAUGAAGCAAGGUUUUUACUUGGUUAUUUAAUUACUUCCUUUUCAAGUCGGAUAUUUAAUUUAAUUUGUUGUUUCUAAUAAGAUAUAAAAUUAGUUUAAGAUUAUAUUGUUAGUGUUGCUUAAAUAAAAUAUCUUGAUAUAAUUUCCUAACUCUAAUGCCAGAUGAUUUUACUCGUCAAGGGGAGAGCACUGGGGCCACGAGUUAAAUAGACUCACUACAGAAAAUCCAAUAGAUUUAAGUUGCAAAAUAUAUACCUUGUUGGUAUUAAAUAUGUAUAACAAAAUGGACUAUGCUUGCUGCAUAAAUAGAUUAAUCACUGAAUGGCAAUAGCAGAAAAAUGACCUCAUCUGCCUGGAAGUUUUCCUGGAGUCAUGGUUUGAGAUUGAAAUUUUUCAUGAUCAUGACAUGGGUUUGAGAUACCAGGAUUUCUUAACCUGGGGCCGGUUGUAUAAAAAAGUGAUUAAUUAUGAUUAAGUGCAAAUGUCAUCCAAUAAGAAGCGCCUAUGUGAGAGUUAAUCACUAUUUAACUACAAAAUAGUGAUUAAAAAAGUGAUUAAGAGUUUUAUACAACCGGCCCCUGGUAUCCAAACUGAAAACCUGGUAAAUCUAAAUUCUCAAAAUUAAACAUGCUUUCAAUGUAUUAUAUUAUUUAGUUGCCAUGAACUCAAACGUUCACUAAGUGUAAGAGGUUUCCCAUUACUAAUGAUAGAGUUUGAUGUCAAAGGCAACAUCGUGAAAGGAGAUCUACGAGUGGCAGAACGUGAAUUUAUCCCAUUUUACCAGUCCAAAAAUAGGCUAAUCCCAGUUACCAUUUUACUUCUUCAGGACCCAAGGAGACUGCUACUAUAGUCAAUUUGUAAAAUUGUGGUUGUGUACAGUAAUAUGAUAUUCACGUGUUGACGAUUGUAUUUAUAUAGGUCGGGAUGUCAUUGCACAAGCCCAGUCCGGUACUGGAAAAACAGCCACUUUUUCUAUUGCAAUUUUACAACAGCUGGAUUUAGAACAUAAAAAACCUCAAGCGUUAGUAUUGGCUCCAACAAGAGAGCUUGCACAACAGGUAAAACAAUUCUAACAUUUGUAUUGUAAUUAAAAGAUAUGUAAUAAUUUCUUAAUGUACUCAUAACCAAGUGCAUUUUUUUACAAAAAAAUUUCCUCUUAAUCUGUGUUGUUGGUUUAGAUUCAAAAAGUGGUUAUUGCCCUUGGUGAUUAUAUGAGUGUGAAGUGUCAUGCCUGCAUCGGAGGAACAAGUGUUCAAGUUGGAAUAAGCAAGUUAAAAGAAGGUCAACAUAUAAUUGUUGGUACACCCGGUCGAGUUUAUGAUAUGUUGAAUAGGGGUACAUUGGGUAAGUAUAUGCACCAUUGCAGAGUGUCACUUGACUCACUUCUGACCUCUCUAGAUAGAUAGAUAGAUUUUUAAUAGAACUACAUACUUUACACACACAUACAGAUAUAUACAGGUUAAAAGAGUUAAUCUACUCUAAUUUGGUCAUUAAAUAGGCUUCUAUAUGGCAAGUUUAAAUGACUUUAGCGAUUUGAUCUGUCCAAGUUAUUCGAAAUAUUCACAGCCCUGUAUGUGAAGCCGAUUUAGGGGUAAAUCAAGGUUUUCUCGCUUCCUUGUAAACCGUUACUGUAAAAUAUUUGUCGGAAAUGCUGUACAAGGUCGUACUUUCUUCAUAUAACUUGGCAUACGUUUCAUCGGUGUCUAUGUAUAAUAUUCUAAACUACUCAGUUUUACCCUUGUUCUCUGUUGAGUGUUGCAUUUAUGUCCUGUAUAUAAGAGAUAAAAAUGUUUCGCGAGUGUUUUCCAAGUUUUUAAAGCACGACAAGGUAAGCCUUACUGCAUGUGCAUAUAUAAAGCAAGUCCCAGUCAACUCAAGCUAACAGUCUAAACAACAUGAAAUUUUUGGUAUAGACUAAUUCGAGCGUGAUAAUUUUCGAGUAUUUUUGCCAAGAAGUGCUGUAGAUGGAAAAUUGAUGACUCUUAACUCAGAUCGGGGAAUGCUCAUUGUCUGAAGGAUUUUUGGGUAAACACAAAGGAGUUGUAUUAAGUUGUACAGUAUGUUAUCCUGCAUUUCCUUGGAUAGGAUACUUGACAGACACCAAGCAUUUUCGGCGUCCCAUAUUGUACGUCUGUGCGCCUAUUUUUAAUCCCUGAGAAAAAUGUGUAGAACAUUCCUGGGUUGAGCAUUACUGAUAACUAUAUUAUUAUGUUUUAUGUAGAACGUGAUAACAUCAGAUUUUUUGUCCUUGACGAAGCAGAUGAAAUGUUGUCAAGGGGAUUUAAGGAUCAAAUUUACGAUAUUUUUCAAUUGCUUAAUAAUGAUAUUCAGGUAAUAAUUGGUAAAUAAUUACAGCAAUGUUCGAAUUGAUUGUAAAUUUGUCUCUCAGAACGUUUGCGUCACAUCUCCGAAUAGUGAAACUACUAGAAAUACUAUUUUUGCAUUGACCAGCUGAUGUGCUCAGAAAUCAGUUUUUUGCAGGCCUUGAAAAUUAGUCUAAAGUUUCGCAUGAAACGUCUCACCUACAGUUGUUAGAUACUUGUCUUGUGAAUAUUGUCUGCCCUAACACUAACCAUGUAACGGUCGACAAUCCGCUAUUUGCUAAACAAAACGACUAAAAUGAAUAAUUUGGCUAACGUUUAAGUGUUCUUCCUCUGAUUUCUAAAUACAGACAAGCAGGUUGAAAAUACGAGGCGAAGCCGAGUUUUUUUAACCAGCUUGUCUGUAUUUAGAAAUCAGAGGAAGAACACGUACUCGUUUUGGAUAUAGCUUCUCAAACGAAUCAAUACUUUAAGAGAAAAUUAAUAUGCAUUUCUUUUGAAUUUCCUUCAUGAAUUAUUAAUGAGUUUGAGAAAUAUGGUUGCUAGCCAAGUCACAACUCCAGAUAACUCGCAUACUUUGUUACUAUUGUUCUAGUGUUUACAGAAGCAUCGAGUAGAACAACAGUAACUAAGCAUGAUCUAGAGUACUGACUUACUGUAUAAGAGUUAUUCACUCGUGUGGAUCAUUCUAAAGCCUACUAACCUUUUCUCUAUUCUAUGGUUCUGUAAACUAAAAAUCUAGACCGAUUUACAUUGGAGUACGAUAAUAAGUCGCAUGUAGCCCAGCAUUAACAUUACGUUUAUUGAUCCAUGAUAAAAUUCCCCGCUGAUGCAUCAGCAAGAAUAGCCACACACCAUCACCACCAUAUGAAUUGCUGUCAUCCUUACCCAACCAAUGUCACCUCCUCCAUCCCCAAUGGCAACUUGUCAUCCGUCAGAAAGAAUUAUGUCACGGUGAAUUACGUAAUAAAAGAAAGAAAAAAUUCUGAUAUUGGAUUACUAUUGUUUAAUUGCUACUAAAUAAAAGUAUAAAAGCAAGAGAAGGGAAUCAAACUUAUAAAAGCAAGAGAAGGGAAUCAAAACUUUUUCUUGGCUGCUGUGACAGGCAACAAAAUCACGUAGAGCCUUCAGUCCGAUUUUUGUAAGAACCCAUGUGAGUUAGUGUAUCUCAUAGUGUGUUUUUUCAAUUCUUUACGCGUGCAGGUAAUACUAUUAUCAGCAACAAUGCCAACUGAUGUUCUGGAAGUCACAAAACGUUUCAUGAGAGAUCCCAUUCGAAUUCUUGUAAAGAAAGAGGAACUUACCUUGGAAGGAAUUAGGCAGUUUUAUGUUCAAGUUGAUAAAGAGGUUGGUGUGAUGCUGUAUAUUUUAUCAUUUAUAUGAUUAACCUCGUGGUCGUGUAUUAACAAUAUUCUAUAGAGAUGAACCGUUUGAUCGCAGAGCAUAAUCGGCCAUUUUGAAAUAAUCGGUAAUUGACUAAUUAUAUUGCACGAUAAUCGGCCGUAACUUUCGCAUUCCGAUGUUAAACCUUCAAUUUAUCAACCAGUGUUAUCCUUAACUUCCGAAGUUAUUUGGUCUCAUUUCUGAAACAUUUCGAAACAUUAGUUGCAGUGGAUCAUAUGCUACUGAAGCAUAUUCGACUUAAUUAACCUUUUAGCAAAAUACUUUAAUUUUGAUAUUUAACUGAAACUCCGAUUAAUACCUUGCAAUUUAUUCUCAAUGAUUUUACACAACUCUGUUCUGUUGUUUAUAAGAAGGAAAAAAUACGAAUAGAUGAAUUUAACUUAAGGGCGGAUCUAGUCGAGCGCCAGACGAUCGACAAAUUUUUAACCAAUAACAUUCGUAAUCCGCGCUUUUUUUCUUGCUACUAGUACUGUACAUCUCCACUUCUCUCUAAAUCGUUGCGAAUUUUUAUGACGAUCGUCAUAAAAAUCGCCUCAAAAAUCGUCUAGAGGAGAUCCGCCUAAAGCACAUGCAGUCAUCUGUACGGGACUGGUGACUAGCAACGUAAAUUUAUCGCCAAAUGUUUGAUAUAAUCGGACAAUUUUUGUAAUCCGGUCAUCUUUACACUAUUUUACAUCAUUUUUAUUUCUUCCUUAGGAAUGGAAGUUUGAAACGUUAUGUGACUUGUAUGAGACUUUAACUAUUACGCAGGCAGUAAUAUUUCUCAAUACACGAAGGAAGGUUGAUUGGCUUACAGAGAAAAUGCAAGACAGAGAUUUUACUGUUUCCUCAAUGGUAAGUUCACUCUAAAAGAUGAAAAACUAACUUUCCAGAUUGUGUGUAUAAUUGACUACAAAGGUUUUUGACAGGUCGAGACUGGAUAUUUUACCAUAUUUGGCGAAGAUGAAUCCAAAAGGUGUUUUUUACAAGUGUAAAUAGUUUUAAAGGUGAUUUGACCUCAUUACUAACCUCACGACUGUUGAUUUCGCGAAGACAAGUGUUCCCGCGCUUUUAUAAUUUUAAACUGGCAGAAAAACAGUCCUAAUGCUCCAAAUCACUUUCAUUACUCUACCAUAUCGUUUGUUGUGUGUUUAAAAUUAACAUAUAUAUCAUCUGAAAAGGUUUGAUAAAUCAGGAAGGUAGCCACGAUAAGCUAUACUGUCCAAUAUGCUCCCUAUUGAAAACUCGUCAUUGGUGUCGGGAAAAAGGUUGACAUUAAUAAUUAGUAGUUAAAUUUAGAGAUGAGGUGACUGCCAUAUAUGGAAUUGAGUGACAGGCAUGAGAUAAAAGGAAUGUUGUUAAUUGUUAUUGCAUGGGAAUAUAUGUAACUGGGAGCGAUUUGGGAAGGGAUUAUAAUAAAAAACACAAGAUAAACGCGUAAUUUUGCUCUUAUUGUGGGGAUCGAACGAAAAUCUACCACAAAGGGCACCUCCAGACGGGAUUAACUUAAUAAACGGGAUAUAGUGACAAACGUAAAACGGGAUAUUUUACACAACAAUCGAGUUAGAGCAAAAUUACGUGGUAUAUGUAAACAAAUACAGAGAUCGAGAUGUUAACACGGCAAUCGCGAAAUGACGUCGAAGCACAAGGAGAACAAACCAUCGCACAAAACGACAUCGAGUUAACAGAAGCCAAUUUCAAAUCGUUGUCGAGAAAGCUCGCUUAUUUUAACCGAUCUACGGCUGAUGCUCUAGAAAGUGAGUACGGAAGUGACAAAAUAAACAGACAAUAUACUUUGCUUAAAACCAAACUGGACGAAGCGUACGAUUUAAUACAAACUAUACAAGGUUUAAAGUUAGAUUCCGACGAGAGCGACGAAGCAAUCGAUCAAUGGACUCAGGAAAGGAAAUUACAA